AUGGUGGAUGGUGGUGUUGCCACAAUGCCCAUGGGAAGGCCAUUCCCGCCAGAAAAUUGGAUGAGAAAAGCCGUACACAGGAAAACAGUUGAUUAUAAUUCUGCAGUAAUUAAAUAUAUAGAGAAUCGGUGUUGGCAGAGAGAUGAUAGAGAUGUGAGGGCUGUUAUGCCAGAUUCUUUGUAUCAGAUAGAUCUAACUCCACCAUCGAGUAUGAAAACUAAUCCAAUGAACUGUGUGACGAAAAAGUUUAUACGAACAUCAAAUAAUACAUUCAGAUGUCCAAUAUUCUGUCUUGCUUGGACGCCUGAAGGAAGAAGACUUGUAACUGGGGCAUCCAGUAGGGAAUUCACUUUAUGGAAUGGUUUAACUUUUAACUUUGAAACUAUUUUGCAAGCCCAUGAUACAUCAGUUCGAGCAAUGGUGUGGAGUAACAAUGAUUCUUGGAUGAUAACUGGAGAUCAUUCAGGAUUUAUCAAGUAUUGGCAGUCCAAUAUGAACAAUGUAAAGAUGUUUCAAGGACAUAAGGAGCCCGUUCGUGGGAUCAGUUUUUCUCUAUCUGACAAUAAAUUUACGACUUGUUCUGACGAUGAUACUGUACGAAUCUGGGAUUUCCAGAAAUGCCAAGAAGAAAAGAUUUUAAGAGGUGGAAUGCUUGAAAAUGAUUAA